GGGGGGGGGGGGGGGAAGCUAUUUCAGCUCCUUCGUACCCUCACUCCUGGAUGCCCAUUAUUUCUUCUCAUUUUUGUUUUAUAAAACCAUAAUUCCCUUUCCCGAGCAAAUUUUGUUUUCGCAGCGCAGUUCUUUAACCUCUGAUUCUAUUCGCGCUCAUCUGUUGCCAUUUCCGAUAGCGAAAACUUGAUAUACCCGUCCGUCCCCCUUUACCCAUCUGCUGCAACAACAUCACUCCUCUUCUAGUUAUUUGUUGUGAGAAGAGAAGAUUAAGAUGGAUCCAUCGCAGCAGCAGCAGCAGCAGAACCCGCCCGCACCCGCCCCUCAGCAGCAGCCUGGCUAUGGCUAUCCACCUUACAGUCAAGCCCCUCCUCAUGGUACUCAGGGACAGUAUCCUCCCCAGGGGCAAUAUCCUCCGCAGGGAUAUUAUCUACCGCAAGCCCAAUAUCCUCCUCAGGCGGGCUACUACCCACCGCUGGGACAGUAUCCCCCUGGUGCACCCGGCCAGGUGGCACCGGGCCAAGCACUGCCUCCCGGAGGACAACCACAGCCAUAUGCCCCUCUCCAGCAACAGCCAUACGGUGCUCAUCCGCCAGGACAGUACCCUCCUCAGCCGGCUGCUGGUCAGUAUCCGCCCGCAGCGGGAUACCCAGGGAGCUACCCACUGCAACCUGGAUACAGCGCACCAGCCGGAGCUCCAACCAAAGCCCUCCCCUCCCUGGGCUAUGAUGCAUCCCACAUUGCCACAGGUGACAUGAGCGAAGAAGCGCGCAAGCUCAAAAAGGCAUUGAGCAGCUUCAACACUGAUGAAGCCAAACUAAUCCAAGUCCUCUCCAAACCUGAUGCUGCCCAGAUGACACUCCUGUGCAAAACCUACCGGCACAACAUUGGCAAGAACCUUGAAGAUGUCAUCGCGGACAAAGUAAAACGUGACUUUGGUGACACCCUCCUCACCCUUGUCCGCGGGCCACUGAAAAAUGACAUAGUAUACCUCCACAACGCCCUGCAGGCCACCGGCAUAUCCAGCGGCGCAGCCUCCAGCUCAACCUCCCCCUCAAUCCUCCUCAAUGACGUCCUCCUCCGCCGCACAAAUGCAGACAUAACAGCCCUCAAAACCGCCUUCCAUGACACUUACAAAACCAACCUUAGCACCCGGCUAAGCAACUGCCCGGACCUCCGCGGGCCCCACCUCUCCUUAUUCACCCAGACCCUCAAAGCCGAGCGCAUGGAGGAAUCCCAACCGCUCGACCACGCCCUAAUCGAAGCCGACGCGGCCAAGCUCGACUCAGCCCCCAAAAACAUCGACCCAGGCUCCCACGAGAACGAUCUCAUCCAGCUCCUCGCAACCCGCAGCGACAACCACCUCCGCGCCGUCGCGGCGGCCCUCUCCACCCGCCCGGCCUUCCGGGACGGAACCCUCACCUUCGAAAAGAAGGUGAAAGCCAUCUGGGCGCGGGCGGACAGGAAGGGAUUGCGGUAUAGUGCACUGCAUAUUGUGCGCGGGGCGCUGGAUGCGGCAGCGCUGGAUGCGUGGUUGCUGUACAAGUGCAUGAAGGGGAUGGGGACGAGGGAUUCGCUGCUGAUUGCGCGGGUGGUGAAGUUGCAUUGGCAGCGGGGACGGGUUGGGGAGGUGAAGGCGGCGUAUAGGCGGCGGUUUGAUAAGAGUCUUGUGGAUGUUGUGGAGAAGGAGACGAGUGGGGAUUAUGAGAAGGUGUUGGUCGCAUUGUUAGAGGGGUAGGUGGUAGUAGUAGUAGUUGUUGUUUAAGUUUGAAGGGGAAAGAAAAAAAAAAGGGGAAAGGGGGUGGUUAGGAUCGACUCGUGAUGAAGGUGGAAUGUGGCCCUUUUCCGUAUUAUGACACUGACACAACUCUUCUAUACUUUUUUCUCCAAUUGUCUCUUCUCUCUCUCUCUCUCUCUUAUUUUUAUUUAUUUAUUUAUUUUUGUACUACAGGCUACAUUCACUAUUUUAUAUUGUCCUAGCUCUUUAUUAAUUAAAUGCUGAGAACGAACCAGCUCCAUGUCCCUCUCUCAUCACCUUCCGAUGUCCACUUUUUUGGAUGACCCGCGAUAUCAUCCCUGGGAUGAGCUAUGCUAUCCAUACAUAUCCUAUUAAGCAAGUUAAGGUUACUCAUCACUCGUACCCCCACCCCAGUCCAAGCAAUGCAGCAGAAAGUUAUGAAGGAACGUUCUUCUCAUCAUUAAUGAAAUCUGUAUUAUCUAUAUCGAGCACCGUCUAUGUAUACGUGUAAAGUGCAAAAGGGGUUAGUUGUUAUGUGCAUCCUGGCCCCAUCUAAUACAAAUGAAAGAAUGAACAUCAUCAAAAGCCAGCCCAGAACCGAACCCAACAAACCACCCAAACAAAAAAACCAUACAAAACCCAAA